AUCACAUGUGCAUCCGCAUACACAACCUAGGGUCCCAGCUUUGUGCAUACAAUGCUCUCCUCCAUGUCUACCCUCAGGCUAUACCAUCCUCUGUGCGAUCCCAUCUCCAGGAAGUCAGAAGCAUGGCAACUCUGAGGGCGUGGCUCCUGUGCUUGCUGCUGUUAGCCUUGGUCCUCCCAGGAGCUUCCAGCCGAGCCCACCAGCACUCCAUGGAGACACGAACCCCUGACAUCAAUCCAGCCUGGUAUGCAGGCCGUGGGAUCAGACCUGUGGGCCGCUUCGGCAGGAGGAGGGCAGCCCUGAGGGAUGCCACCGUACCUGGUCUGCGGUGCCGGCUAAGCUGCCUCAUGCUGGAUGGAGGUGCCAAGUCCUCCCAGCAUGGAUGACAGCCCAGCUCAUGAAGACAGUGAUGCUGGGCCCAACACCCUCCCUGUCCCUCCGGAGCCUCCCCCACCCUCCCAUGUCUCUGUGUUUCCUUCAAUCUAAUAAAAGUGCUGGCCUUGUUUGCCGUACACCUGUA